AUACGAAGGGCGGGGCUUCACUUCGUGAUUAGUGGGUGUGUGGAGUGUUGUCUUUUCCUCUCAUUCGUUGCGACGUUUUAUUAGAGUUGCAAGAUGGCGACUGUGCAUCUGAGAAUCGGAGACCUAGUGUGGGGGAAACUUGGCCGCUAUCCACCGUGGCCCGGAAAGAUUGUGAGCCCACCCAAGGAUUUAAAAAAGCCAAGGGGCAAAAAAUGCCAUUUUGUGAAAUUCUUUGGAACUGAAGACCAUGCAUGGAUCAAAGUGGAACAGUUGAAGCCCUAUCAUGCCCACAAAGAGGAGAUGAUCAAGAUAAACAAAGGCAAACGCUUCCAGCAGGCUGUAGAUGCAGUGGAAGACUUCCUUAAAAAAGCAAAGGGGAAAGAACAGAACUCUGAAGGUAAAGGAGACUCCAAAGGAAAGAAGACUCCUAAGAAGCCGCUUAAAAUACUGGAUGAGGAUGAUGAGGAUCUCAGUGCCUUGAGGGACCCCUCUGAGAAGGACUUAACUGACUCUGACCCCGAGCCGUCCACUAUUGAGAGGCUGGGGGCUGUUCCUGGAUUCAAAUGGGAAAGCAGUCCUGUGAAGGAUGAUCCACAUUUUCAUCACUUCUUGCUUAGCCAGUCUGAAAAGCCUGCCUCGUCCAUGGAACCUAUAAGCAAGCGCUUGAAAAUUAUUGAAGAGGACACUGCAUCAACCUCCAUUCAAGCUGCAGACAGCACGGCUAUUAAUGGCAGCAUCACACCCACAGAUAAAAGAAUAGGGUUUCUCGGUCUGGGGCUGAUGGGCAGCGGUAUUGUUUCCAACCUGCUUAAAAUGGGUCAUGUCGUCACAGUGUGGAACCGCACAGCAGAGAAGUGUGACCUGUUCAUUCAAGAAGGUGCUAGACUGGGCCGAACUCCUGCUGAAGUGGUUUCAAUGUGUGACAUCACAUUUUCUUGUGUCUCUGACCCAAAGGCUGCCAGAGAUUUGGUAAUGGGUCCUAGCGGAGUGCUGCAAGGAAUUAGGCCAGGAAAGUGCUAUGUAGAGAUGAGUACAGUUGACCCACAGACCAUUACAGAACUCUCACAGGUUAUCACUUCGCGGGGUGGACGUUUCCUGGAAUCUCCCGUGGCAGGAAGCCAACAGCUUUCUAAUGAUGGAAUGUUGGUCAUCUUAGCAGCAGGUGACCGAACGGUUUAUGAGGACUGCAGCAGCUGCUUUCAAGCCAUGGGAAAGACUUCCUUCUUCUUGGGUGAAGCCGGAAACGCAGCCAGAAUGAUGCUUAUCCUCAACAUGGUGCAGGGCAGCUUUAUGGCCACCAUUGCAGAAGGACUCACUCUGGCCCAGGCAACCGGCCAAUCACAGCAGACCUUCCUUGACAUCCUAUGCCAGGGCCAGAUGGCAAGCACCUUUGUGGACCAGAAAUGCCAAAAUAUUCUACAAGGCAACUUCAAACCAGACUACUAUUUGAAGCACAUUCAGAAGGAUUUAAGGCUAGCCAUCUCCAUGGGUGAUAUGGCUAACCAUCCAACCCCGAUGGCUGCAGCUGCCAAUGAGGUGUACAAAAGGGCCAAGGCACUGGACCAGUCAGACAAUGAUAUUUCUGCAGUCUACAGAGCCUACAUUCAUUAGAUUGAGGUGUGACUUACUGUCUGGACCACAACAUCUUUAAUCGCUCAUUGUUCCCUCCUCUUGAUGUAACAAGUUUUAUACUUUUAAUUCUAGUUUUAUUUCAUCCAGUUAUUCUAUUUUUGCGCCUGCUUGGUUAUAUGCCCACAACUGAUGGGAUUGCAAUUUCUUCAUUAUAAGAAAAAAACAAAAAAGGAACAUUGCACUGACUAAACUGAGGGGAAGAUGUGUGCUUAAUGCUCUAAAAAAGGUUCUACUCCUGCAAGCUUAUCAUACCUUGUCAUCAGACUAUGUAUGUAUGAUGUUUGUGAGGGCUAAAAUGUGGGGUCCAGAACCACUGAAGAGCACGUUUUCCCGUCCUAGCAUAGAUUGCUGUCAGGUUCAGAACGCAUAACCCCAAAUACUUUUUAUGUACAAAUGAGUUAAUUUAAGUUGUUUUUUUUUUGUUGUUGUUGUUGUUUUUUUUUGCUUUGACUCUAUCAAAAAUUUCAAGAGGGGGAAAGUAGAACACUGCAUUGCCUUAAUAUAAUGCUCCCCUCAAAUCAAUGUUUUUAUUUAUUUGUGAGGUCCUCUUUGCAGUUAGGACAUGACAUUUCUGUAUUUGACAAUUGGAACUUUAACGUUGAGGUUUAUUUUAUUUCCUAACCAAUAUAAGGACAACAGCCUUAAAAUGCAGUAAGAAUUAGACUUUCAUAUGAAAACAUUCUUUUAAGUUUUAAUUCCUCAGUUCUCUUAUUUGUUUUAAGAUAUCUAUAUUAUCCUGGAUUGAGUGAAAUCCACUUUUGAGUUAUAUUUUAACUUGGUUGGAAGAAAAACUCCAGUGUCAACUGUUUUUUUUUUUUGUGGUCAUUAGGAGUGGGGAUACUGUAGUACGGGGUGUGUUCUUGAUUGGACAAAUGAAAACGUGAUGACUAGUUUUAUAUGACUGAGAAAUGUUUCACUGACUGAAAGCUGCGGAAUAAAUGGAAGAUUCUAAGCAGCAAAUUUUUGUUGUAAUGUCCUCAUUCAUCAGUUACCGGCACACACCCACACACCUUGCUCAAAAUCAUUAGUACAGUUUGUUACACGUCAGACAUUUGGCUCUAAAAUGUAUUGUAGUUUCUCCUUAUGACGGAAAGACUGCAUGCUAAAAAUUUCACGACAGUGCAAGCAGACAAAUCAGAUUGCUGAAUUUAUCAUAAUAGUUUAUACCAUUUCUCUCUUGCAGAAAUAGACACCACGUUCUGUUGUACAGUGCCCUUUUUUCCCCCCCUUAUUUUUUGCGUGAAAAUAAUCCGAUUUCGCUGUGAAUGUCAAAACAGAAUUGAGUCUAGGAAACCAAGCAGUAAAUUUUCAAAUUUGAAGAUUUUCUGUUUUAGUCCCCCACACUGUUUGAGGAUGUUUUAGAAGACAUGUACGUAGCAUCAUGAGUUUGAGGAUGAAGAAUUUUAUAUCUUCAAUCACUAGCAUAAACAAUUAUGACUCCUCAUUGGUUUGCCCUAAAAGCUGUAGAACUGUAAAUUUAUUUCAUUUGGUUUAUUGAAUCUCAUGCCAAAAUUUUUGAAUAGUUUAAUGAUAAAACAACCUAUGGAAACUUUUGGGAUAUUUAUGAUGUGUGUACAUGUGGAAAUAUAAAGGCUUUUGUGCUGUUUAAUAAAUUCUCUCCUCAUUACUGA